GCGCACACUCACUAUUACAUGCGUCUUCUAAACGUGACUAGUUGAUGUAGGUUAAGUGAAUGGCGGGAGAUUAACAUGUGUUUCAUCAUUGGAUCUGCUAGUGAAUGAGCUGUCAGCAUCCUCCACAGAGCAGAGAAGAUGUUGAGAAAUGCCUCCGCACAGAUACUCAAACAGUUCGUCCGGCACAGGACUACAGAUACUAAUCUGAUCUUGGAGAGAUCUAUUAACCGGGUGCAGCUGCUUGGGCGAGUGGGACAGGACCCCGUCAUGAGGCAGGUGGAGGGCAGGAACCCUGUCACCAUCUUCUCCAUGGCAACAAACGAGAUGUGGAGGUCUGGGGAGGGAGAACCCACGAGUACAGGAGAUGUCAGCCAGAAAACAACAUGGCACAGAAUCUCAGUAUUCAAACCAGGCCUCAGAGACGUGGCGUAUCAGUAUGUAAAGAAAGGGUCUCGGAUUCUUGUGGAAGGAAAGCUUGACUAUGGAGAGUACAUGGAUAAAAACAACGUCAGGCGACAAGCAACAACUAUUAUCGCAGAUAAUAUUGUGUUUUUAAGUGAAAAUCUGCGAGACCAGUAAUAAAGACGCCUUCCCAGACUUAAGGAACCAAAAGAAUAUAUUUUAUAUAGUAUUACUCUGCUCACUGACAUUAAACUUUGCGUAUCCUUCUGUCCAGUCUUACAGUCAUACAUAGAAGAAGUGAUGUUGUUUGUAUGAUUAUGUAAUGCUGGUUUAUUUCCGACAGAGGGCGCUGACAGAUGCACUUUGACAUGUAAACACUUUCCAGAGCCAUGAACUGGAUUGAACUCUGUCUUAGAAAAAAAUGCUAAAUUUUCCCCUUUUUUUUUUUUUUGGACUUCUGAAAAAUAAAAGCAUCAUAUCUGAAGUUAUGUCUAACCAAAUCAAGCCAGUUUGUUGUAAUGUCCUGCUAAUGUUCAUAAAUAAAUGCAAUAGUUUGUCAGUAAAGG